AUGCUCGAGGCUUCUAGGAAAGAACUCGCUGAACAGGCUCCGCGGUGGGUCGGAGGCGAAAGCACUCGUCGGAGAGGCAUCUGGAAGUUCCUCGACACUUGGAUCAUCGAGCCCAUUGCCACAGGCUUCCGACUACUACACUUGAUCUUCAUCUUUGUUCCCGUCAUUGUAACAGUCCCCGUCAUCUGGUUCGGUCAAAGGCAACCCGAGAGGGACAAUGAGAGAUCUGGAACUCUCUGGUGGUAUGCUUUCCUGGUCAACGGCAUGGAGCGGGCUGGCGCUGCCUUCAUCAAGCUCGGUCAAUGGGCCGCCUCCAGAACUGACAUCUUCCCUACUCAGAUGUGCGCCGUCAUGUCUGCUCUCCACUCCAACGCUCCCGCUCAUUCGCUCCGUCAUACUAAGAAGACGAUUGAGCGAGCGUUCGGCAUGUCUUUCGACGACAUCUUCGAUGAGUUUGACGAGAAGCCACUGGGUGUUGGCGCUAUUGCUCAAGUCUACAAAGCAAGACUAAAGCCUGAUAUCGCUGUCAGCGAAGACCUCGACCCUCACGUCUCCGACACGUAUCGCGAGAAAUUCAAGAGAGGCGUUGAUAUUACCCUAAAGAGUACGCCACAGAGGACUCCCUCGCAGUACGUCGCCAUCAAGGUCCUCCAUCCCAAGAUCGAGCGUAUCGUCCGCAGAGACCUGAAGAUCAUGGGCUUCAUGGCCUCCAUCAUCAACUUGAUCCCUACCAUGGAGUGGCUUUCUUUCCCUGAUGAGGUCGAACAGUUUGGUGAAAUGAUGCGUCUGCAACUAGAUCUUCGUAUCGAAGCCGCCAACUUGACCAUCUUCAGAAAGAACUUCCGCAACAGAACUACAGCCUGGUUCCCUUACCCCUACACUCAAUACACUUCUCGCCAAGUCCUAGUCGAGGAAUUCGCUCAAGGUAUUCCGUUAGAAGACUUCUUGCAAAACGGUGGCGGUGUCUUCCAGAAGGAAAUCGCAGACGAGGGUCUCGAUGCCUUCCUGCACAUGCUCUUGAUCGACAACUUCAUCCACGCAGAUCUACAUCCUGGCAACAUCAUGGUUCGCUUCUACAAGCCCGCUCAAAUUGACGUCAAGGGCAGCUUCUUCAGCCGACCAAAGUCUGAUCCUAAGCAAUCUACCGAUGUAACAGAAGAAGUCCUCGAACGCCUACGCCCACACAGAAACUCAAAGGCAGACUGGGGAAACACGUUAGACCAGAUUGACCGCGAGGGCUACCGUCCCCAACUAAUCUUCAUCGAUACUGGACUCGUCACUGAACUCAACGGACUCAACCGCCGCAACUUCCUCGACCUGUUCAAAUCUGUAGCAGAAUUCGAUGGCUAUAAAGCUGGUCACCUCAUGGUGGAGCGCUGUCGCCAACCCUCUGCAGUAAUUGAUAAAGAGGUAUUUGCACUUCGCAUGCAACAUCUUGUGCUCGGUGUCAAGAGCCGUACUUUUGCACUCGGCAACAUCAAGAUUGGCGAUAUCCUCAACGAAGUUCUGAGCAUGGUGCGCGGCCACCACGUCCGCCUCGAAGGCGACUUCGUCAACGUCGUCCUGAGUAUCUUGCUGCUCGAAGGCAUUGGCCGCAGUCUGAAUCCCGAAUUGGAUUUGUUCUCCGGGUUCGUAGAUAUUGGUGCUACUCUUCUUUUUGAUGAUUGGCAAUUGGGUACGCAGGGAGGUGCGGGUAGUAUGCUCAAGGGAGGUGAUCUUUCGAUGAUUAAAGUGUGGGCUGGACUUGAAGCGAGGAAGUUCAUGCAGGCUAGUGUUGAGAGUGUUGAGAGUUUGGUUGCGCAUGACCAACUUUCGCCGAAUAUCUGA